CAACAUGGCACAGCGCGGUGUUGAAUGUGAGAGGACUCUGCCACAGAUUCACGCUACUUUACAAGUCGCCAAAUUGGACCCGUCCGAGUUAAAACCAACAGUCCAAUGCCUAUCCUUCAGUGAGAGAUUCAGUUCGGAGGAUUACUGUCUCAUGGAAGUGGACGAGACGCUCUGUAAACACAUCGAGUCCGGGCAGAGCUUGAUUAUUCGAGGUGAUAUGGAUGAACAUGCUGUGCUGUGCAGUGAAGAUAAAACGUAUGAUUUGAAGAUUGCUGAUACAUCAAACAUGUUGCUCAUCCUACCUGACUGCAAAACCCCUGAUCAGCUUGGAUCCGAAUCAAGCUCAGAACAUUUGAUACACUGUCAGAUUUAUGGUUUUGCUAAAAGCUACUGGGAACUAAAAAGAACUCGACCCAAAUUGAAGAAGUUGAAGAAACUUCUAAUGGAAAACCAAUAUGAGGGGCCUUCGAGUGAGAAAGAAAGAAAUUCAACGUAUUCAAAGUAUACAAAGGAAGAUUUAAUGGAAAGGAUUCAAGCCAGUGAACAGGAAAUAAUGCAGCAAUUACAGCAGAUACAUGCAUGCAGGAUUGAAGGGUAUUGGAGAAUUUUGGAAUUUGAAUAUGAAAUUAAGCUGCUGAGCCAUGUGAUCCAGUUGGUUGAUUCUGAGUCAUGGUCUUUCAGUAAGAUUCCUCUCGCUAUUUGUCUACAAGAACUGGAAAUUCUUGAACCCAGGGAGAUGAUAGAACAUUGCCUUAAUUGUUAUGGCAAAAGAUACACAAAUGAAGCAGAAGAAGUGUUUUAUGCAAUAAAUGAGGAUGAAGUUUGUAAGUCCAUCGCACUGAUGCUGUUAAGAAAUGCUGUAAAAUUCAAUCUGUCUGAGUUUGAGGAGGUGUGGCAGCAAAGUGUACCUGAGGGCAUGUCAACAAGGCUGGACCAACUCAAGGGUAUAGCUCUUGUAGAUAGAAAUUCAAGACCACAAGUGAUUUUUCAACUAAAUGUCGAGGAUCUGCCAGAGAAUAUUCAGGAGCGUUUCAACAGCCUGUUUAGCAUCCGAGCAAAGUGGACCGAGGAAGAUAUUGCUCCAUAUAUCCAGGGUUUAUGUGGAGAGAAGCAGACCAUUGGAACUUUACUGACAAAAUAUGCUCGUUCGUCGAUGCAGAAUGGUAUGAAGGUGUUUAGCUCCAGAAGGCCCGUCUAAUGAUGACUUUUAAUGCUUGAAAUCCAACAGAAGAAUGUUUGCCUAAAAGAUGUUCAAUGCAAGUGCAUGUUUGCCUCUCAUUCCAUCUCCCAUUUUUGUCGAUUUGAAAUU